AUGGCCAGCUACGACGAUGCUCUCGGCCGCCAGCUGGACGUCAACCUCCGGAACCUAUUGGAGGAAUGUCGUGUCCAGCCGGAGAUCGCACAGUGGCUUGUCGGAGCCUUCUCAGACUUGGCGGACAGCAAAGAGCAGAUCGUCAAGGUGCUCCACAUGGCUGGUGCGACCAUUGACGUGAACGACCCUGUAAAGUGCCAGCCGGUCAAGACCGCCUUCAGGCGCGCCCUGGCCAUCACGAAGGCCGAGGACGACGCGAGGGCCCGCGGCGAAGACAUCGACCGCGAGGCGACCCUGGGGUCCGAGGACAGGAAGCGCCUCGACAAGAACACGGCGCAGCACUACAACUUCCACUGGCCUCAGACGAUGCUGGUCGACGAUGCGACCAUGGGGCGCCUCAUAAAAAUGUUCACCAAGAAGACUCGCUACGUCCCCCGGCUCGGGGAGAUCCGAAACCUGAUGGAGAAAG